AUGUUGUAUUGUCUGAGACGCGCCAGUCAAUGGGGUCCACACGUAAGUUUACUAAGAUAUUCUGAGCAAUGGGUAACAUUGCUGGCCUUUUACAUAAUUCUUUUUUAUCAAUGCAGAGUGGAGACAGUCGAAGGAGAUUAUCAAUUCUGCUUUUAUAACACCUUCAGCCGACUCUCGGAAAAGGUAAUCUUUUUUGAGCUCAUCUUAGACCACAUGAAUGAAGAAGGGAAUAACCAGGAAGACUGGAAGAAUUAUGCAGUGGGUGCAGAUCUACUGGAUAUGAAACUGGAGGAUAUCCUGGAAACCAUUAACAGUGUGAAAGCAAGACUGGGCAAAAGUCUGCAGCUCCAGACUCUGUUGAAGGCCUUUGAGGCACGUGAUCGCAACACCCAAGAGAGCAACAAUGACCGGGUGAACUUCUGGUCUAUAGUCAACUUACUAGUGAUGGUUGUAGUGUCUGUUAUUCAAGUGUAUUUGCUGAAGAGCCUUUUCGAGGACAAGAGGAAAAGCAGACCUUGA